AGUGCCGAGCGCGGAGCAGCGCGGGCGAAGCAAGGCACGCUGAACGAGGGCAGCCCAGGCCUCAAAACAAAGAUGGCGAAGAAACGGCGGUGGUGGCCGGCGGCCCUGCUGGCCCUGUUCGUCGUCCUGGGCAACCUCCCGGACGAGGGGAUAGCCCGCGCCGUCAGCAACGUCCACGACCUCAGCUCGGAGCUGUACGCCGAGAUCCGGGAGCUGCUGACGAUGCGCAGGGCGAUGCACCAGCGCGGCGAGCCCUGCGGCCCCGAGCUGAACGCCGCCCCCGCCCCCGCCCACCCCCGCGUCGUGCCGUCCUGGCCGCUGCACGGGCCGCCGCCGCUCGGACAGGUGGCCGGCGUGGCCGUGGCGCUCAACGGCUUCCCCGUCGUCUUCCACCGCGGCGCCAGGGUGUUCGACAACAACUCCUUCAACAGGACGAACCAUUUCUUGCUGGUGGAGGAGGGCCCCAUACCGGAGGACACCGUGCUCACCCUGGACCCUGACAACGGCGAUGUGCUCACGGGCUGGGGCAGGGACCUGUUCUUCAUGCCGCACUCCAUCACCAUCGACAACCGAGGCAACACCUGGCUCACCGACGUGGCCCUGCACCAGGUGUUCAAGUUCGCUCCCGGCGCCAUCAAGCCCAACCUGACCCUGGGCCAGCGGUUCUCGCCGGGCAGCAGCAAGCACCAGUUCUGCAUGCCGACGGACGUGGCGGUGGCCACCACGGGGGAGAUCUUCGUGGCGGACGGCUACUGCAACUCGCGCGUCCUCAAGUACGACCCGGCCGGGGUGCUGCUGCGGAUGUAUCCUGAGGAGGAGGACAUGGUGGAGCCAGCCCUGCGCCUGAUUCCCCCACUAUCACGCGACUCGCUCCGUAUGCAGGUGCCGCACUCGCUGGCGCUGCUGGAGCGCCUGGACAUGAUCUGCAUCGCGGACCGCGAGAACCUGCGCGUCAUCUGGCCCCCGCCGGGGGGGGACCCCCUGCCGCGCCCGGGCGACUACAUCUACGCCGUCAACGGGUACACGGCCUCGGACAUCAAGGUCACCGGCUUCACCCUGGACCCGGCCUCCGAGUCCGUCAUCGACAAGUGGGGACCGCCGCAGGGCAUGAGCAACCCGCACUCCGUGGCCGUGUCCCCCGACGGCAGCGCCCUCUACGUGGCCGAGAUCGGCCCCAACCGCGUGUGGAAGUUCGACCUCCCCCAGGCCGCCUAGCUCGCCUACCCGUUCGGAACGAAGCCAAGCACUGAGAAUGAAAGAUUCUUGAUCGAUGCCACAUUUUGGGCGAUUUUGGGCGAAUGAAAUAAUUCUUACCCAAGUUUGGGGGUUACAGAAUACCUCACCAAAAAUUUAAGUCCUGGUUCAGACUCUUCCAUUGUCAGUGAACGCGUUGAUGUUCGAAAAGCCAAUGGCAACGGCCGCCCCCAGUUCGGAGCCCCACUGUCGUGCUCGCGCACAUGCACCUGUAGUCCUGGAAGGAGUCCUGGGAGUCCUGGCUCUGGGCUGGGGGCGGUUAUGUUCGGCGGUCAAAGCGAAAAGCAUGAGUUUCAAAGAAAGUGAUCUGUCUGGUGUGUUGACACGGCUACCGCCAUGUCGUCGGAUAGACGGGGCCGUAGAUCGUAUAUUGUUAAAAAAAAAACAAAUUUAUGAAACCUAAAUGUGCUUCGGAAAUCUUUAUCCGAUGUGUCACUGUCCACUUUAUUUGUGAUAGCCUAAGGCGAAGUCAGAAUACUAAUAUCGCAAUUUAUCAGCCUUCAUUAGAAUGAUUCGUAUACCUAAUGAGUCAAACAAUCAUAUCAUUUCUCUUUCCCCCUCCCUCGUCAUGUCAUUAUUUAUUAUAUUAGUUAUUCUGUUUCUGUCAGAGAAGCUUAUUUUUUCCCUCGUCAUUUUCUGCUCCAUUCUCGCCGCUUGGUUCUUGGCCGAAAUACAAAUCUCCUCGGCAGGACCUCCCUUUGCAUUUCUAUGCGCGUUUCGUGACCCUAGCUAACAUUCGAUGUAGGAUAGUGUGGUUCGACAACACAAAAAAGUUGAGAUGGUGUGACUGUGGUGUAAAAUGAUGGGAAUUAUUUAGUUUGUAGUUUCGAAGAUUUGUAGGAUAUGCUUCACGUGUAUCACUCUUUAAAAAAAUACUUACAAAAAAAAACCUGAAAUAAAUGUCUUUAAAAUGGAA